AUGAGUUCCAGUCUCGAGGCCAAGAUCGUCGUUCUCGGCGCGCAAGGCGUAGGGAAAACCUCUCUCGUGGAGCGCUAUGUCCGAAACACCUUUAACCCCGCAACAGCCUCAACAGUCGGCGCGUCCUUUGUCACCAAGCGCGUCCUAGACCACACAUCCGAUACCAUCGUCCGUCUCCAGAUCUGGGAUACAGCCGGACAAGAGCGCUUCCGCAGUAUUUCACGGCUGUACUAUCGCGGAGCGCACGCGUGUCUGCUAUGCUAUGAUAUAACAGACGAAUCCAGUUUCGAAGAAAUGGCCGGCUGGCUCCGCGAACUCCGCCGAAACAUAGGCACCGGCGAAGACAAUGCAGACCCGCUCGUUAUCCACGUCGUCGGCACGAAAUCCGACGUCGUGGCCUUGGACCCGAGCAGCCGACGCAUCCCCUUUGAGCGAACCAUCGCAUACGUCGCUGAACAGCUCUACCCCACGCAGGUGUCUACGCCGCCGGCUACGGCGACGAGCGGGGGCAUGAGUAUGGGGCUGGGAUUCAGCACGAGUGUUUUUGGCGGGAAUAAUAGUUCCAACAAUACCACGGCCAACAAUACGAAUACCAAUCUGAAUACGAAUGUGAAUGGGAGUGGGUUUUCAUCGGCGGCGCUGCAAAGCCCGGACUCGAAGCGCAGCUCGGCGUUCUGGGGACAGGAAAUUGGUUGGGAUUGUUGUCAUGAGAUCAGUGCUAAAGAUGGAGAGGGUAUUGAUGAGGUUUUCAGAGUCAUUACGCGGAAGUUGGUCGAGCAGAGGAAUAAGAGGGAUACGGAGCUGGCGCUUUCGAUUGCUGGUACGUCUUUGGCUACUGGUGGGCCUGGUGGCUCUAUUGGUCCGUUUAGUCCUGGGUUUGUGGAGGGGACGGGGAGUUUCCGCCUUGGGAUUGGAGAUAAGAGGAAGAGUUGGCUUGGUCUGUCUUCGCCUGCUGCUGGGGGUGCGGGUGAGAAUAGGGAGGCAGUGCAGAUUAUGCAAAAUGCCAAGGGGAAGGGGAGGUGUUGUUGA